GAUCCCACCAUCUCCCUCCCACCUUCCCUACUUAGUGCUAAAAACUCCCCGCUGAACCUACCAAAGCUGUUUGCGAGCACGCAAUCCGCACCAACAGAAAAACUAACGGCCACUCCCCCCUCCCCGUCGUAUCAGCAGUAUGCAUCCCCUCCCUAGAACCCGCCUUUGGCGUCAAGCAUCCCCGUUCUCACUCGAUCUCGACGUCCUGCAUACGGAAGGUCAUCAUGCCCUCAACGACGCCCCCCCAGAGGCAGCCAAGUCGGUCAUUCCGCUGGUCAUUUCUCCCUCUUCUUUCCUCAUCAAAUCCUUCUGUAGCUCUGUAGCAAGCUCUGCAAGCUCAGCUCUAUAUUAUUUCCCUCCUCCCCCAUCCCCCUCACCACCCCUGCCCAUCACCUCCUCUUCCGUCUGAAAAACACACUUCUGCACAACCUACAGCACCGGACUGCGGCCCCAACCGCGCGCGCAGCAUCCACUCGUCAUACAUCCCAGCCGCCACCUCGCUCUCCUCACGAGGCUGAAGACGCAGAAAGAAUAAACCCCCAAUCCAACCCCCACGACACCACGUGAUGUCGCACCACCACCGCUCACCCUCGCCCAUCGCCCUGGCGCCCGCUUCGUUGACGAGCGACGACGUCGAGAAGAAGUCUCCGCGCCAUGUCGAUGGGGAGAAAGGCAGCUUGGGCGAUGACGGCCUGCCCGCCUACGGCUACGAGGAUGAGAUUGUGCCCAUCAAGGCGGAUAAGCUGAACCGCACCCUGACGGCGAGGCAGGUGCAGAUGAUCGCCAUUGGGGGCACGAUCGGGACUGGUUUGUUCCUCGGGACGGGCAAGAGUCUGGCGACUGGCGGGCCGGCGAGCAUGUUGAUCUGUUAUAUUAUCAUUGGAGUGAUUGUGUUUUUGACGAUGUUGGCGCUGGGGGAGAUGGCGAGUUUCAUCCCCGUAGCGGGGAGCUUUUGUACGUUUGCGGGCAGGUUUGUGGAUGAUGCGUUUGGGUUCGCUUUGACGUGGAAUUAUUGGUUUAAUGAUGCUGUGAGCACGGCGGCGGAUCUGGUGGCGUUGCAGCUGGUUUGGAGUUAUUGGAAUACGGCGAUGCCAGGGUGGGGAUUGAGUUUGAUUUUCUGGGUGGUGCUCAUCCUUGCUAAUAUCAUUACUGUGAAAGCGUAUGGCGAGCUUGAAUACUGGCUCAGUCUGUUGAAAAUCAUCACUAUCAUCAUCUUCAUCUUCCUCGGGAUUGCCGUCAACGCCGGCGGCAACACCUCCAACCACUACAUCGGCGGGGAAAACUGGCGUCUCCCUGGCGCCCCCUUCGUCGGCGGCAUCGGCGGAUUCGCCUCCGUCUUCGUGACCGCCUCCUUCGCCUACGGCGGCACAGAAUCCAUCGCCAUCACCGCCGGCGAGACGGCCUCCCCGCACAAAAACAUCCCCCGCGUCAUCAAAAACGUCUUCUGGCGCAUCCUCCUCUUCUACGUCAUCUCCAUCCUCCUCAUCGGCCUCGAUGUCGCCUACACCACCCCAGACCUGUCGACCAAGAACUCUGCGACCUCGCCGUUCACGCUGGUGUUUCAGAUGGUCGGGUCGAAUGUCGCGGGGAGCUUUAUCAAUGCUAUGAUCAUGACUUCUGUCCUUUCGGCGGGGAACCACGCGUUGUUCGCGGGUACGAGGCUGCUUUUCACGUUAGCUGUUAAUGGGCACGCACCUGCGUUCUUUGGGAAGUUGAACCGCAACCGCGUGCCUUGGGUUGCUGUCCUGGCUACGAGUUUGAUAUCGGGACUUUGUUUUGGGGCGUCGUUUAUUGGGGCGGGGCAGCUGUGGACGUGGCUUCAGAAUAUCGUCGGGGUAUCGAAUCAGCUCUCUUGGAUCUCUAUCGGUAUCGCAUCGAUUCGCUUCCGCGCCGGCUUGGAGGCACAGGGAAAAACCCACCUCCUCACCUUCAGGAACUGGACGUACCCCUACGGCCCAUGGUUCGUGGUGAUCGGAUGCAGUUUCCUGGUUCUGGUGCAAGGGUGGAGUUGUUUCAGUCCGCGGUUCAAUGCGGUGGAUUUCGUGAGCUUUUAUAUCGAGUUACCGGUCAUGGCACUCAUGUUUGUGGGCUGGAAACUGCUGAAGAAGACGAAGAUUGUGGGGCUGAAGGAGAUGGAUUUGGUAACGGAUGUGUAUCAUCCCGAGCCGGGGGAGGUGGAUAGGGAUGCGGCGGUGGGGUGGAAGGGGAAGGCGAGGGCGGUCUUGAGGUGGAUUUUCUAG